AUGGCGAUGAGCAUGGCUGCUCGCAAGUGGUCUGGUGGAAUGCGACGUAGGAGGGAGAGGGCUUUCAUUCUUUGCUGGAAUUUUCCAUCUUCCAUUUGUAGGAGGAUGCAAACUAGAGUACAACCUCUUCGUUUGGCUGAGUGGGAUUCUGAUGACAGGGUCACCUUUUUCAUGAGUGGAAGGAAUUAUUCUUUUCGGGACUUUGAGAAGAUGGCAAACAAGGUUUUUUCGCGAAGAUAUCAAAGUGUUGGAUGUCUUCCAGCCAAAUUCAUGGAAAAGGAAUUUUGGCAAGAAAUUGCUUGCGGAAAGAUGGAAGCUGUUGAAUAUGCUUGUGAUGUUGACGGUAGUGCCUUCUCAUCUUCUGACACCGAUCAACUCGGAAGUAGUAAAUGGAACUUGAAGAAUCUCUCACGCCUGCCCAAGUCUGUUUUACGUCUGCUGGAAACUGCAAUUCCGGGAGUGACUGAUCCCAUGCUUUACAUUGGAAUGCUCUUUAGUAUGUUUGCAUGGCACGUGGAAGAUCACUACUUGUACAGUAUCAAUUAUCACCACUGUGGAGCUUUUAAAACUUGGUAUGGAGUUCCCGGUCAUGCAGCUUUGGAUUUCGAAAAGGUAGUUAGGGAGCAUGUUUAUACCACUGAUAUUCUAUCUGCCGAUGGUGAGGAUGGGGCUUUUGACUUACUUUUGGGAAAAGCAACUCUAUUUCCCCCAAAUAUUUUGUUAGAACACGACGUCCCAGUCUUCAAAGCAGUUCAGAAGCCUGGGGAGUUUGUUGUAACGUUCCCACGAGCAUAUCAUGCAGGAUUUAGCGAUGGUUUCAAUUGUGGCGAGGCAGUGAACUUUGCACUUGGUGAUUGGUUUCCUCUUGGAGCCAUAGCUAGCAAGCGCUAUGCACUUCUAAACAGGAUUCCAUUGCUACCUCAUGAAGAGCUCCUCUGUAAAGAAGCAAUGCUUCUCUAUGCAAGCGGAGAAUUUGGAGAUUUAGACUACUCUUCUGCACACUUGGUGUCACACCGCAGUAUGCAGAUUUCUUUUGUGAAGCUGAUGCGCUUUCAGCAUUGUGCUCGCUGGGGCUUAACGAAAUCAAGGGCAUGCUCUGGUGUAAUACCAGUUUCACAUGGAACAGUUAUAUGUAGUCUAUGCAAGCGCGACUGCUAUGUAGCAUAUAUCAACUGUGCCUGUCAUCUCCAUCUCCUUUGCCUACGUCAUGAUAUUGAAUCAAUAAAAUCUCCGUGUGGAAGCAAUUAUACAAUCUUAGUGAGGGAUCAUAUAUUAGAACUGGAGGCAGCAGCCAAGAGGUUUGAGCAGGAUGAGCAGAUUUUGGACGAUAUCCGUCGGGAUAAAGGCAGUGAUAAAGAAUUGUUUUAUAUUCCAAAUUUAUUUGAUGACAGUUAUAACGAGAGAUACAUCCCUUAUUGUGACAUUCAUCCACUUUCUCUAGAUGCUAACGAGUCACCAGAGUUGGAUUGUAUUGAGAGAGAACCCGAACUUAAUUAUGGAAGAAGAGAUUUGGAACCUGAAAUGCAUCAACCAUGCCUCUCCUCAGUUCAUCCAACUCAUUCAAAUUCUAUGCUGGCUCAAAGCUCAUCUAUUAUUGACAAUAAUGCCGGGCAUCAUGUUUUUGAGAAGCCAAUUCUUAACCCUGACAAACUUUCAGAAAAUCUGUCUCGCAAUGCAUAUGAAUCGUCUGUCUCCUCUUUGUCAUAUGAUGAUUGCACGAGUGCUGAUCAGGAUAGACUCCACGACUCAGCGAGGAGGCCAUUUUCUGGUCAAUAUAGCGAUGACUCUGAUACUGAGAUAUUCCGAGUUAAACGACGUUCGUCUAUGAAAGCGGAGAAGAGGAGUAGUAUCGUCUUUGCUAUUGGCCUUCUAGGUAAUCUUAUAUCUUUCGUGGUCUUUUUGGCCCCAGUACCAACAUUUUAUAGGGUAUGCAAGAGGAACUCGACCGAAGGGUUUCAAUCAGUUCCGUACGUGGUUUCUUUGCUUAGCGCCAUGCUCUGGCUAUACUAUGCAUCCAUCAACUCUGAGUCCAAUGAUUUCCUUCUCAUCACAGUCAACUCAGUGGGAUGUGUCAUAGAGAUCAUCUACGUUGCUCUCUACCUUGCUUAUGCUCCUAAGAAAGCCAAGAUAUUUACAGUGAAGCUGAUGGUGACGGGCUUUGGAGGGUUUUGUUCCUUUCUUCUCUUGUCCCGCUUGUUAACAAAGGCAUCAACCAGGGUCCACCUUUUUGGGUGGCUUUGUGCUGGAUUCUCCGUCAGCGUCAUCGCAUCUCCUUUAAGUGUUAUGAGAAUGGUGAUACGAACCAAAAGCGUAGAGUUCAUGCCCUGCUCUCUCUCAUUUUUCCUCACUCUCAGCGCUGCGACUUGGCUCCUUUACGGUUUAUUCCUCAAGGACAUCCGUGUUGCGGUUCCAAACGUACUGGGUUUUAUCCUUGGAGUGUUUCAGAUGGGACUGUAUCUGAUAUAUAGGAAGACGAAUGUGAUGGUUUUGGAGGAACCUGAUAAUUUCGGUGGUGCAAAGCCGAUUGCCGAUACUCAAAGUCACAAUAUCGCCUCUAAUGACAGCAUCAUCGACGUUGAUGAGGUCAAGGAGCGGAAAGACGAUGUAUCCGAGGGUGUGAUAAGCUUGGAAUCUUCCGAUAAUGGACCAGUGGCGAAUAGUUCAUGUGAAGUUUGA